UGUUCUUUUGAUGCUUCGAGUUAUCAGCGUGGGCGAAAAGCGUUAAUCUUGCAAUUGAUUUUGUGCUCUUGCGGGGCCGAUUAUUGCAAAUAUGAGCGCUAAUGAUGAUGAAGUGACUCUAGGAGGAAAAACGUUGAAAGAAUUUAAAGUUUCAGAGUUAAAGGAUGAAUGUAAACUUAGACAUUUGCCGCACAGUGGAACGAAAGCAACUAUUAUAAAACGUCUCAAAGCCGCUCUUCAACUUGAAAAAUUAAAAAAAGCUGCAAGAAACGCUGAUACAGUUGAUCAAGUGCAACCAAACUCAAAUAUCGGUGACAAUUCUGGGGAAAAUGAUUUUGUGAAACAGUAUUUGGAAAAUCAGAGAAAAAUGUUGCAGAAGCAACAUCAUAGAUUUUCUUCAGCAUCCGAGUCCGAAGAAGAGCCGCCUAAAAAAGAAGUUGUUGCAACCAUUGAUGCUAAACCAGUAGUUGCUGCCAACGAGGUGUCAGCUGUCGUGGAAAGUGUGCAGGACACUAAACCAGAAGAAAUCGCUCAAACUAAUUCUGAAGAAAAUCAGGCUCCUCUUGUUCUGGAUCAAAAAGUGAACAAAUCUUCCGCAGAACCUCUGGACUCGCAAGUGAUCCUUCAAAGCACAAUAGAAGAAGAAAAUGAUGGCACAGCGCAGGGGUUAGGUGAUAAUAUUGACAUCCAUAAGGUUAAAUUACAGACUGAGCAGGAGAGUGAUAAGAAAGACAGAGAUGGGAUGGUUGAUAAGAUAGCAGAGAGUGCUAAGAUAGAUAACUCAAAGGUUGUCUCACAGGAUGUUAUAAGGGGCGGUGUAAAUGAGGUUUGUGACACCAAGGGGGCUGAACCCCAUCAGGAAGCCAAACCCAACGCAGACGUUGAAAAUGAAAGUGCCGAAAUAUCAUCUGUUCGUGCUCAAAGUGACUUGCCGCCUAAAAUUGAGUCAGAUUUGGAAAAAUCGGCAGAAAUCAGGGAAAAGGAUGAUGUGAAUGAACCAUGUACCGAAGAUGCUAAAGAGACUUGCACUGUUCAAGCUGAUACAUGUAACACACCGGUAACAGAUGCAUCACCAUCCAUGCAAAAUAAUGAAGAGGAUAAUGAUGUUGCUAAGCCAGAGGUAAAUGAAGAGAAAUCUGCAGACGAUAGUAAAGUGUUUGAAAGUAAAAAUGAUGCCGAACCAGAUAAAAUGGAAGUAAAUGAUAAAGCAAACACUACAUCUACUGAUGAUAAAAUAAACAAGGAUCAAAAUAGUGAAGUGAUGAUAAGUACUUGUGUUGAACCCGAAGUUUUGUUAGAAGAAGUUGAAGAAUUAGAUUACGAUGAAGUUGAUGUCUCCAUGCAACAAGACUCGACCAAACAAGACAGCGAUAAUAAAUCUCAAAAAGAAAUUGAAAAUGAGACAAAAACAGCACCUGAAGCCAAGCCUGCUACAUCAGAAAAUGUUGAGAAUGGAGACCAAGAACAAAUCACAAAUGAAAAGGUUGCUGAAUCUUCUGCAGUUGAAGCAGAGAAAAAAUCUGAGUCACAAUAUGAAGAAAAGAAACAAAAUAAACCAAAGAGAAGAAUUUCUUUAAAGAAAAAUCCACUUAAACGUUCAUUGCAAGAAGAACAACCUCGUGAAAAGAAAAGAAAAUGGGGUAAAACAAGCACAGCUGAUCCCAGUCAUAUGAGUAUAAGCUCUGAUUCUUUAAAGGACAUCAUUGAUGUGAAGGAGGAAACAUGGGAUUCUGUGUUAAGUGUCAAGUCAAAUGAAGAGGGAGAGGAUCAAGAUAUUGAUCCAGAGGUUGAUGAAGAGGAAGGAGAAAUUGUUGAAGAAGUUUUAAUGGAGGAGGAGUGGAAUGAAGAUGAUCGGGAGAAGAAUGAACAUCAUCGGGAUGAAAGAAAAGUUGUGGUAGCAACUGAAGGAAAAAGUAAGAAAUCCGAAAAUACAAGUGAGAACUCAUUGAAACAUACGACUAAGAAACCAAACCAGGAAGAGGUUUUAAAAAGCAGCGAAGGUAGACAGCGAGAUGUAAGUCCACCAAAACACCAAGCUUCAUGCGUUCUACAUGUCUCUAACCUUGUACGACCAUUUGCAAUUACACAACUCAAGCAAUUACUCGCUGAAAAUGGGCCUUUUAAAGAAGAUUCAUUCUGGAUUGACACCAUAAAGUCUCACUGCUUUGUAAUUUACGAGGACAAAGAAACAGCAGAAAUAACAAGAAAGUGUCUGCAUAGACUCCAAUGGCCGGUAUCUAGUCCCAAAAAUCUACAAGUAGAAUUUUCUAAUGAAAAAGAGAUUGAAUGGCACAAGCAAGAGCAACCUGUCAGGCCUGCAAAGCCUGUUAAGAAGAAAAGAACAGUUGAAAAAAUUGACCAACAAGUUGUGAAGUCUGAUAAAGGAGAAAUGAAAGAAGUGAAGAAGGAUCAUCCGGAAAGUCAUCCCAUAAGUGAGAGAGAAAGUCGGAGGAGAAGUUCACGAAGUGAUGCGGUGGAUCACCGAGAUGAACAUCCCGAUCAUCAUCAUCCCGAUCGUAAGAAUGGUCGUCGUCAUCCACGGGAGGAGAGAGAUGAAAGGAAGAAUCGGAAACUGAGGGAAUGGGAUCGAGAUAAGCUGGACCAAGAUAAAGAGUCAAAAAGAAAAAGGGAAAACACGCCACCGGUUCAUGAAGAAAAACGUCGUAGACACGAGGAUAAGAGGCCACCACCUGAGCCCCCAAAGUUGUUAGAUGAUUUGUUUCGUAAAACCAAAGCGAUCCCGUGUGUGUAUUGGUUGCCACUGACUGAAAACCAAAUUCGAGAGCGCGAAAAUGAGAGAGAGACAAGGAGGCAGGAGAGAGCGAAGAUGAGAGAGGAAACGGAGCAGAAGAACAAAGAAGAAGAAGCUUCUGCUCAAGCAAGGAAGGAGGAAUCAAAAAAUAUAAGUAAAAGGGAACCACCUAGAGACCGUGGGAGAAGAAAUGAGCCUGUGGUGCAAAGAAGCGAGAAAUCUAAAAGUCAGCAUGCUGGACCGUCCAAAUCUGGUGGCGAUGUCUCAAAAGCAUCAGCAGCCCGUCGUAAGAGACAAGACUCUUCUUCUUCCUCAUCAUCAUCUUCGGGAUCAUCUUCUGGAUCUUCAUCCGGGUCGUCGGAUUCAUCCUCAGAGUCUGAGGAAGAAAGAGUCACAAAACCUCGCAAAUGAAAAACUUUUGUAAAGCAACAGUUUUUAAUGCUUGAUUUUUCAGCACUGACUUACCAUAUUUGACACCAAACUGUAAAUGCAGCCAAGGUGUGAUGAGAUUAUGUAAUAAACUGACAUAGUUCUCAUUUAAUUAGGAUUUGUGGUUGAUGGAAUUAUGAAAGCAGCUGAAAUGUAGUUUUGUGUAUUUUAUGCUAAGAGUAACCAAGCUGCCGCAUUUUAUCAAAUUUUUGUUUCCCAAUGUCACGCUAGUAUGUAAAUAAAUAAUUAUUUCAGCAAAA